CUGUUUUGAAAACAGCCAUAUACUUACUUAGAUAUACAAGGACAACAUCAGAAAAAAUGAGUGUGGAGGCAGCGCCGCUUUUAGGAGCAAGUCGCGGCCGCGACGCAGAGGCUGCAGACGCGGACCAGGAGAAUCAUGGGAGACAGGGUGAUGGAGGAUGGUGGGCAGGGCGCCGCCCCUUGGUGGUCAUUGGAAUUUCUGCUGCCGCUGUAGUUCUGAUUGUCGGCGGUCUUAUUGCGUUUAUUCUUGUGAAGAAUAAGGACUCCUACGCCACGGCCACAGACGCACAGAAUUAA